AUGCCACUUCAGACGUUUGCUAUAUUGAGCCUUCUGGCUCUUGGAAUCUCAGCUAGCGCGCGGAUUGAGACAACACAAAGUCUCUAUGGACAAUGCGGCGGUUUAUCGUAUAACGGCCCAACCAAAUGUCCAAAGACCGCGACAUGUUACAAUGAUGGGACAAACCCCUGGUAUUCACAGUGUGUCAUUACUCCAUGGGACAACGGCGGAGGCAAGCCAACUUCAACCGUCGUGACAACAACCAAGACCUCCACAACGCCAGGAGGAGUUAUCACCAUCAUCACUACUCUACCUCCAGUAACGAAGACGCUAACCCCCGACGAUCCAUUCACCGAGCACCGAACCCGUGAAGAUGUCGCAUCACCAACAGACGAGACAGCUGCCGACGUAGACUCCUCGAAUAACAGCAAGCGCCAGUCCGGCCCCGGCACAACCCUCCAAUCAGGCUGGUACUGGGUCAGGGCAGUAGCAAGCCCAAACUACCACAAGUACCUCCAAACGAAGCCCACCAACAACCCGGGGACCGCCAUCCUCGAAAGCUACCGCACAGCAGGGCAAUACAAGAUCGAAGGCGGACAGCUCAUGGCCAACACGGGUACAGGCACCACGGCGCUCUACCUGCACGUCGAGAAGCCGGCAGACUUCACGCAGCGCAAGCUAGCGACGUGGUUCAAUACGACCAAGAACGACUUCGGCACCUUCGCAUGGCAGGGCGACGCGCUGACGUGGAGCACGGCGGAGGUGAAGCGGCAGAACCUAGCUGCCUGGCUUGUGUGCGCGAGCCAGGCGCUGUUCAUCAACACGGGCGCUUAUGCGUAUCAAACGCCGGCGGGGUGUGCCGACCAGACGAUCCAUUAUUACAACGACGCUCAUGCGAACGAAUAG